CAAUAAACAUAUGUUAUUGUUUAUUUACUAUUUAAAAAAUCGUAAACACAUUGUUUGUAAUCAUGGAAAGAAUUUGGAACGAUUUUAAUUUAAAAAAGCCACCAUUUGUAACAUUGCCAGCAAAACAUAGCCGUUUUGUAAUAAAACUACAUGCAGCUAUAGAAAACUACUACUCUAGUCAGGCUCAAUAUGAUGCGGAAUUUAGCGAGACCGCAGCUUUGCUAUCCAGACUAAUGGCCAGGCGUAAAAACUCCUUCAGUAAAAUGAAAGGCUUCAAAGAUGUUUGCAAAUUAAAUGCCGCCUUGUGUCGUCUAUUGCGCGUAGAUUUUAAACGUGAUUUAGACAGUUUUAGAAACACCUUACCUGAUGUGGACUAUGAGGAAGGCACUUCCAUACAAUUACCCACCAGAGACAGUUAUAACUUUUUACUCAUAAGACUAAUAGCAAUCUAUGAGUUGCAUCGACGUAUAAUUGAGUGUUGUGAAUCAGCAGCUGACUAUGUUACCUGUCAAAUACGUUCGAAUUUCUUUUUCGAAAUUAACACUUUGCUGUUGGCAGUUUUAGCAAAAAUCCAUAGUUUAAGCAUAAAAUUAUUAAAUCUUGCUGUUAGUUUGUAUAACAAUACAUUGCUCUUUAGGGAGAAACUACCAGUCAAUGUUAAAUCGAAAUUUUUAAAAGAUAUACAAUUUGAGUUUCCCCAUAACUUGGAAGAAAUCAACAUAUGUCCCUUAGACACCAAACAAACGUCGCUAACUGAUAAAGAACAGCCACUUAAAGAUUUAAUACAACAAGAGGAAAAAUUGGCAGUUGUUAAAGCUCAGAAAUUUAAAAAGACUGAUGUGGGUCAGCAUGUUCAACGUGUAACGAAACUGGAGCAGAAACAAUUUAAUAUCGAACAAUUGAGUUCAGUAGAAGAAAUAAAACAAUUUAUUGCGAAGGAAGGUAAAUCGAGAAGUACAAAUUUAUCGAAUGCUAUUACAACAAAAAUUCUUAGCCACGAAUGGGCCGGUGCGACAAAGUUAUUUGAACGUAAAGUACAAAGCGGCGAAGCAAAGAAAGCUAUUAGUAUAUUUCGUAAGUUUUUAAGUUUAAAAAUUGUGUAA